AUGGCGACAACAAAUACAACCGAGACGAAGGAAUCCAGUGGUGAUCUUUCGCUCUGGUCCGAUGAUCAAGAAUCCGCUCUCCUUCAAGCAAUCAUUCGCUGGAAGCCAGUCGGGAUGCAUAAACAUUUCCGAAUGAUAGCAAUCAGAGAGCAUUUACUCAAUCAAGGCAUCAUUAACCCAGAGGAUUCGCAUACAUCAACGGCGGGUAUUUGGAGGAAGCUGGAAUCAUUGUAUGACCUGUCAAAGCUGGAUGAGCGAGAAGACUCCAUCAUUGACGGCAUCGACGAUGGGUCUAAAGGUCCUGCGUAUUGGAGAGACUUUGAAUUACCCCGUGAGGAUUUCGAUGAGUUGAUGUGGCAGAGAAGGUUGGCACCGGAAGGGACUCCCAGUCCUAAUUUUUCAAGAAGAGAGAGCACAGUAGCGGAUACUGAUGAGCCACGAUCAUCACCUGUUUCUAGAUCAGGGAGAAGUUCAGUCAGAGGAGGUAGGACCGCCAGAAGAGGGGGCAGGUUAUCGCGACUACAAAAUGAAAUUGAAACGGAAAAGAGUAGCAGAAGGACGAGCAAAGCCACCAGUGUCGCAGAUGAGGAUCAAGUCAUGGAGGAUGCUGACGACGAUGAGGAGGAACAAGAGACUGGGGACGAAGAAGAGAGCGAUGAGCAGGAAGACGAAGACAAGAAGGGCGGUUCCAAGAGGACAGGACGAGGGGGCCAGAGAGGUCGAGGACGACGAGGACGACGAAGAUGA